AUGGCCGCCAUGCGAGUCGACGCCUCUACACAGACGGUCGGCCUCUUCUGCUUCUGGGACCUCGACGAGGAUUUCUUCCGCAGGAAAUUCGCUCCCAAGACGUUCCGGGAGAUGGGGACACAGUCGGACGUGGAGGGCACGUGGCCCCACCGGGCCCCGUCGCCGGCGGGCCCCGCGCCCACGGAGUCUCCCCCCGCGCGCUCCGCUCGCCACGGCGCCGCCGCCGCCGCCGCUGCCACCGCAGCUCACCGCGAGCCCUGGCCGCUGCCGUCGGACCUCGAGCCAUCGCUCCCGGCCGCCGGCUACGGUUCGAGGAAGCGCAAGUGCCAACCCACCCGGCGCGUCCUCCCGGACGGCGGCGGCAACGGCGCCGAGGGUGCCGACGUCCGAGCGCCAGCUCAGCUGCCGACCGCAGCGUCCGCCCCGCGCGGCCCUUCCGGCACGAGGGAGCCCGCGGACGGCCGGCGCUCCGCGCCCGCCGAUGGCAGCGACCGAAAGUUCCGGGCCGAGGGCGGUGGGGCCGGGGUGACGGGCGGCGGGCCCUGCGUUGGCGCGGGCACGGCGGAGAGGCUUAGCGCCGGCGCUACCGCCGGCGCGAUGGAAUCUUCGGCGUCGUCGUUAUCGGCGGCGGCUGCCGACGGCGCCAUCGCAGGCGCCGGGGCCCCGGCGGGCACGGCGGCGGCGGGGGGGGGGCGGCGCUGGCAGUGCCGCCAGUGCGAGCGCUCCUACGCCUCCAAGUACAACCUGGUGACCCACAUCCUGGGCCACAGCGGCGCCAAGCCGCACGCGUGCCCCCAGUGCGGCAAGCUCUUCCGCCAGCUGAGCCACCUGCAGACGCACCGGCUGACGCACGCGGGCGCGCGCCCCCACCCGUGCCACGUGUGCGGCCGCGCGUUCACGCAGACGAGCCACCUCAAGCGCCACCUGAUGCGCCACGGCGCCGUGCGCUGCCACCCGUGCGGGCAGUGCGGCCGGGGCUUCGCCUACCCCAGCGAGCUGCGGGCGCACGAGCGCAGCCGCCACCCAGGGGCAGGCGGGGGCGGUCGCGACGGCGCCGGCGACGGCGACGACGGCGACGGCGACCGUGGUGGUGGGGGUCGUGGCGGUUGUGAUGGCGGCGAUCGCGGCGGUGAUGGUGGCGCCAACGUCGGUAACAGCGGCAGCGGCAGCGCCAUCGCCGGUGCGGGUAGAGGCGCGGGUGCUGAUGGUGGCGAUGGUGGCGAUGGUGUGGACGACGAAGAAGAAGAGGAGGAAGAGGAUGUGGGUGAACACCACAAUGGCAGCGGCGGCGGCGGCGAAGACGACGAGGAUGACGAUGAUCGUGAUGGCGACGUCGAUGAUGGCGAUGAGGACGAUGGAGGGGAGGGAGCGAAGGGCCAGGAGGCGGAGGGUGCGGGGGACUUGGUGGCCGUGACCCCGGUGACCCCGGAGCCGGGACGUCACUGUGAGCAGUGCGACGCGGCCGGAGCCGUCCCUGACUCCACCGAGCUCAAGUGGGGCCAUGCGGCGGCAGCAGUAGGGCAGCAGGAGCAGCAGCAGCAGCAGCAGGAUGGAGGUGCAGGCGUGGGCGAGUUCCAGUGCGGGGAGUGCGUGCGCCGGUUCCGCUACCGGAGCCAGCUGGAGAGCCACGCGCAGCGCCACCGUGGGGAGCGUCCGCACGUGUGCGCCGAGUGUGGCACCGAGUUCGCUCAGCUGCACCACCUCAAGCAGCACGCGCUCACCCACAAGGGCGUGAAGGAGCACGAGUGCGGCGUGUGCGGCCGCGGCUUCACGCUGCACGCCAACAUGAAGCGGCACCUGCUGACGCACAGCAGCGAGCGCGCCCACCAGUGCCACGUGUGCCUCAAGGCGUUCGCGCAGAAGCAGACGCUCAAGGCGCACAUGGUGGUGCACUCGGACAGCAAGCCCUUCCACUGCAAGGUGUGCGGCAAGGAGUUCAACCGCCUGCACAACCUCAUGGGCCACAUGCACGUGCACGCGGCGCGCAAGCCCUUCACGUGCCCACGCUGCCCAAGCCGCUUCACCCUCAAGGGCAACCUGACGCGGCACGCCAAACUCAAGCACGGCCUGCACUCGGGCGACGCGCUGGUGACCGACUCCGCCUCGGAGGAGGCGAUGGAGUGGAGGCCGGACGCGACCCCCUACGACCUCAUGGGCGCGAACGUGGGCUUCUCGGGCCGGCCGAGCGAGGGCCCCGCCGAGGGCUCCGGGGGCCACGAGGAAGGUGGCGGGCCUAGCGUGCGCGGGGCCGCGGCGGCGGCGGCGGGCGUAGGUGGAGGAGGUGGAGGAGGCGGAGGAGGUGGAGGGUGCGCACGGGGGAGCUACGGCGGAGACGCGGCGAGAGGCGGGGAAGCGGGGGAGCAGACGCCGGCCCUCGGAGCGGAGAAGGGCUUCUUCCGCGUCGACGGUGGCGGCGAGCGAACCAGGAGCUUCUCCGCGGGCCCCAGCCCGAGUGUCGGCGGGCCGGGCCUCCCCGUGAGCCAGAGCCUGAGCGUAGGGCCGAACUUUCCCGCGGGGCAAGGCCUCCACGUGGUGCAAGGCGUCCCGAUGGGUCACGGCAUCGCGGUGGGUCAGGGCCUGCCGACAGGCCAAGGCCUGCCCGUGGGCUCGGCCCUGCCCGGGGGCCGAAGCGUCCCGAUGCUGGGCCACGGUCUCCCCGCCGUGGGCCCAGGCCUCCCCGUAGGCCCCGGUGUGCCGCCGGGCCAGUGCGGCCACCAGGCUGGUGGCGGCGCGGGCUGCGACGGCGCGGGCUGCCCGGCGUUCACGUACGACGCCAAGGGGGCCCUGCGCAACAUCAAGCUCUACUUUAGCAGCGCGUGCCACUAGUGGCACUGGUGGCACAUGCGUUGGCACGGCCUGGCACGACCUGGCACGGCUUGACACGGGCUGGCACGGGCUGGCACGUGCCAGUGGAUAGUUGAGGUGGGUUGGGUGGCCAGGGCUGACAGCGGCCAGCCUGUCGGGGCUAUGAUCCGGACACAGUUCAGGAAUUGACAUCUCUGCGUGUGUGUGUGUGUGUUUUGGGCAGCACGAAUUGUUUUGUAGCAAAGAUCUGAUGGGAAAAAAAAAAUCUGUGGAUGAGGUGGCAACCUUAGCCCUAACCCACUCGCCCAUUCACUCGCCAAACUCAUAUUUUUCAAGUCAGCACGAGCUCGAUCAUCACAGCUGCGCUUGCAGCUGAACUGCGAUGAAGUUCAACGCAAGGACCCAUGGGAGCGGUAGAUCCUGUGUUACCAAUCGGUGGUUUUCCGCCCGGACGCAGGUGGCUUAUUCCCCCCAAACUGUCCUGGCCAAACCCGAACUUGGUGGCAACUACCUGCUGUGAGGAUCGAUGGCCGGUUGACAUUCGCUCUUCAUUCCCGCUUGACGUAUUUAAACGGAAUAAGCAAAUUACCCGGCGAUUUGAAAAAAAAAAUCUAUAGGGACAAAUUGGCACUCGUUGACAUCAGCAGGAGGCCUCCAGCAAGAACGCUGUCAGCUCACGACCCGUGUUCGAUUCCCGGUCACGGCCACCAACACCAGUGAUGGAGAAUAUCUGAUGAACCGGUUGUGGGCUUCCCCGAGGUCGACUUGGCCUCAAAUGAGUACCCGGUGCUGUGUGUGUUAACAUCAGCACUGGUAAGGAGACAAAGGCGGCCGGGCGUGGUGCUGGCAAACCCCACCCCCUCGUGCGCCGUGCCGGCCUUCAUAGGUGCUGCUCGUGAACAGCACUUGCCCCGGCAGUCUGUUAAAGGCCAUACGGGGGGGGGGGAAGGAUCUCUUUCUUCGUGUGCGUGUUGAAAUCCCACCGCACUAAUCUCGUGUCGCGUACCAUUAAACUCGCAGCUCUCUCAUUG